AUGGGUGCUGCAGAUGGCGAUGAGUAUCGGUUCAAUUACGAAGAGACAGAGUUGCGCCUUGGGUUGCCUGGUGGAAGUGGAAAUGAUGGCGAAAUAUCAAAGAAUAAUAGUGGGAAAAGAGGGUUCUCAGAGACUGUUGAUCUAAAGCUUAACCUUUCGUCCAAGAAUUCACACGUGAAUCAGGUGGAGAAGAUGAAGGAAAAUAAUGUUUCUCCUCCUUCUACUGAUCCUGCAAAGCACCCAGCCAAGUACGUUUUUUUGGGUGAUGUUCUCCUCCUUCUACGCGCACACACACAAACCCAACUUUGCCUUCAUUGCAUGUAUAAGUUAUUAAACAAUCUUCUAUUUCAAAAAUUUAAAUUUUUAAAAAGUAUAUAACAUAAGUGUUUAUCUAAUACUCUCCUUCACGUGUGGUCCUCUUUGGGUGGUUCAUCCAUAUGAUUGUUUUUAUUUUUUAUUUUUAUUUUUGGUGAAGAGAAAGCUUGAUGAGAUUUAAACUCAGGGACUUCUAGACUUUGAUAUCAUGUUAAACAACAUUUUGCUCCAAAAAUUUAGUGUAACGCAAGUAUAUAUCUAAUAUUGGUUAGCUCAUAUUAUGUUCGUCACAAGGGCCCUUGGGCAUGCACACACACACACAGAUAGAGUGAGAGAGAGAGAGAGAAAAAGAGAGAUCUAAAGAUUAAAGAAGAAAUUUUACGUGUGGGUCAUUAAAAUUUGUAAUAUUUUUUGUUACCGUUGUAGGUUUCUGUAAUUUUUUCUCCUUCUCUUCCGUCAAUCUAACUUCUAUCCUUUAUUUCUUAGAGGGUGUCUAACUGUCUAUCCCUUCUAGCUUAAAAACCAAGUUACUUACUAUAUAAUCUAAAAGUUUAAGUGGUAUGAAGAGUGCAAUAUAACAAGUUCUCUCUCAUAUAGAUAAGAUUUUCAAUCAAAUAAACCUAAAGCCCUUUAAUUUUCAUAGUAAUUGUGAAAUUCCAAUACAUAAUUUCCUAUUUUAAUAUAAUGUUAAAUUAUCAUCACGAUUUAAAAGUUUAUUCUGUUAGAUUAAAGAGGGUUUAAUAACAUAUUUUACGCUUAACGUCCUCUUUAUUUAUUGUCUUUUGAUUUUGAUCAUUCUUUCUUUCUCUCUUAUUUUCCUCGGCCAAAAGAAGGAAAUGAUUAUAACCACCGACUAUAGGAGAUGACUAUGGUACCAAAAUUCAAAAUUUUGGUAUCAUAGAGAUUUAACACAUUUUGUGAGUAAUUUUAUCACUGUUGUGGUAUCCAAAACAAUAGUAAAAAUAUUUACCACAACAAUGGUAAAAAUAUUCAUAAAUAUUGUAAAAAUAUCCACAAAUAUAGUAAAUCACCCACAUAAAUGAUAAUUUUUUUGUAGUUAAAAAAACGUGGUAAAAAUAAUUACCACAAAUGUGGUGAAAAUACCUACAAAAGUGAUAAAAACAUUCACAAAAGUGACAAAUUAACCACAAAAAUAAUAAAUAUUUUGGUUGUAAAAUGACCCAUAAAAAUUAUAAAAAUAUCAUUUGAAGUAGUAAAUUUUAGAGGUAUGACAUCGAAAUUUUUUUUAGUUGUACCAUAGUCAAGUCCCUAACUAUAAUUACCUAGAGAAGACGCCACAACAAAAAAGCAAAAAUGAAAAUAGAGAUAGAAAUGAAUACAAAAAAACGCAAUAUAAACACUUCUCCAGCUUUGGAUUAAUAAUUAAAUAGUUUUAAUGUCACGUACAAUAUUCAGAAAAAAAAAUAGUAAAAUUCAGAUCAGAAGGAUUUUAAGGAGAUGUUCCUACUUUACAACCUAACCUUUUAAAAAGUAUACUUUAUAAAUGUGUGGCUAUAGUUUGUUGUCCUGAAAAAAGAGAAAAGAACAAAACAUUUGGAAUCAAACAUUCCCGACAAGCAACAACAGGUUGAUGGGAAAGAACAUGCACCGAAAACAAUUUACAUUUAAACCUAAAAUAUUCUCACAGUUGGGACUUGACAGGGAUAAGACACAUUUUUUUUUUCCUUUCUAAUAAUGAAAUAUGAAUAAUAAUAUUUUUUAACUGACCUGUUACCUGUAUGAUAAAAGUAAGUACGAAUAUUUGAACUAUUGAAGAAUUAGUGUACUGUUUGAUAAUUUUUUUU